GUGCUCCAACAAAAGAUAGGAUCAAAGUUGGAAAAUGAAUUGAAGGAACUUUUAGGAGCUAAGGUUGCUCGAGCAUCGGCUAGUGCUGUGGCUUUCGGUAUGGGGCUAUUCAAUGGGAGUGGAAGUCUUGGUUCAGAUCGUCAUCAAGCUUUUUCUGUUGUUACUGAGAGCUCUGCCAUUGAUACCAUGCUUAGGUUUUUUGAUUGUUGUCACGAAUAUAAGGUAAUUAACUAUCAUGCAAAAUUCUUAAUAUAUAAUCAUGAUCGUUCCUUCUUCCGAUCCGUCCACGAGUACUAAUAUAUAAUCAUGAUCGUUCCUUGCACGUUACGGUCUAAAUUUUACCCAACAACAGAUUUCAACCCUUUGGUUUCUUUGUAAGCAGGUGAUUUUUUAUAUAUACACUUGGAACUACGUACGUCUAUGAUUCUUUAAGACAACUCCUCUUGUCCUUAAUUCAUCUAUAGGAGGCUUCCUUAUUUGAUAUAACGGAUCAAGCUUGUGGACUGUUCACCCCUUCUGAGGUAUUAUUCGAAUUAUCAUUAAUCUUAGAUAAUAUAUAAUUAAAUUCAUCUUUAUCCACCGGCUUAAACUUUUAAUAUUUGUGCCAUGUAUAUAUAGCUACUUCUCAUCAAGCAAGUAACAAGAGAUAGGUAAGGAAGAGCAAAGAUGACCAAGAGCUGGCAAUCCAUGUUCCAUAUGAACACACAUACGUUGGGAGUUAUUUAAAUGAAAAGAGAUUUGCUAGUAGAAUCAAACGAAUUACAAAGAAAAAGUAAUUGUUUAAUUAUCUAAUAGUUUAGAAAUACUUAUUAGCAUUUCUUGAUUCUCAGCUUUGCAAUGGUAGGUUGCUUUAAUUUGUUGGAGUGGACGGAUGAUGUGGAGGUGUUUAAAUUGAAGGGUUAUGGGAAUUCAUUAAAUUAUAGGAUGGGAGUUCAUUUGUUGAAAGAUGUUGUUAACUCCAUGGACAAAGCUAUUGACGCCAAAAAAGAAAAUCAAGUUCCUGGAACCUACGAGAAGGCAAGACUUCGUUUUUCUCAUGCUGAAACUUUGAUUCCAUUCACAUGUUUGCUGGGACUCUUCCUUGAAGAUGAAGAAGAUUUUAAACAUAUCCAAAAGGAACAGUGUUUAGAGCUUCCCCCCGGCCUCCAGCUACUAGAAACUGGAAGGUAAGUGAUGUUGCACCUUUUGCUGGGAAUAACAUGCUGGUUCUCUAUAGCUGCCCUCUGGCUAACUCAUCCGACGAGUACUUUGUCCGAGUCUUGCCUAAUGAAAAACC